AUGAGGAAGCCUUCCCAACACCCUACUGACAGGGUGCCUUUUGUUGGAAGGAAUGUGGCACGUGCUCCUAAGGACGAUGUCGUCUGUUACAAGUGCAACCAGAAGGGACACUAUUCGAAUGAAUGUGGAAAGGAGAUUGUGUGCUGGAAGUGCCAGAAACCAGGACAUGUUGAGAGAAACUGUCCUAAUGCUGCUAAGGCCGAGCCAAGACUAAAUGCUGCCAGGGGAAAGCGACAUUUUGCUCCAGGUCGUGUGUUUGCAAUGUCUGGGGAGCAAGCUGUUGUGACUGAUGAUCUUAUCCAGGGUACGUGUGUUAUCGCUGGAACUUCUUUAAUGGUGUUAUUUGAUGCUGGUGCUACACACUCAUUCAUUGCUGAGGAGUGUGUGAAAAAGUUAGGAUUGCUAACUGCUGAUUUACCAUUCGAUUUGGUGGUGACGACCCCAGCCGCCGAUCGAUUAGUUACGCGCACGACAUUCUUGCAAUGUCCGUUGAUUUAUGAGGAUCGGAAGUUCCUUGCGAACCUCGUCUAUUUGGGGCUUAAAGAGCUCGAUGUGAUUCUAGGGAUGGACUGGUUGGCACAGUAUCACGUUCUGUUGGAUUGUGCUAAUAAGGUCGUAGUCUUUCCGGAUUCUGGCGUUACACAUUACUUGAAUUCGUACAAUUUGGGAAGGGGUUCACCAGCAUUCGUGAACUUUAUCGUAGCUGAGGCGAAGAGCGACGGCGACGUACGCAACAUUUUGGUGGUGCAAGAUUUUGUGGAUGUGUUUCCAGAAGAUGUGCCUGGAUUACCGCCAGUAAGAGAAACAUAG